CAACAAACACAAAACCAUCUGUUUUUCUUUUUUUCUUUAUUUUUAAGUGUCAAACCCCACAAUUGUUGAGGUAAACAUUGUGAAGAAAAAUGGAAAAACAAAUGAUAUUUGCAUGGGCAAUGAUAUUUUGCCUUGCCAUGGCACCAGUGUAUGGCCAAUACUACUCCAGAACUGUUAAGGCAGGUCCUCGGGUGGAAAAGAUUACCCACCUCCACUUCUACUUCCACGACAUUCGCAGUGGCAGUAACCCUACUGCAUUCCUGAUAGCCAGUCCCAACAUCACCCAGGACCCGCCCUCAUACGGCACCUUGUAUGCAAUGGAUGAUCCUCUAACUACAGAGUUUGAACUAACAUCCACGCUCGUCGGAAAUGCCCAAGGGCUCUACUUAGCAUUGAGUCGAGACCUUACCAAGUUUUCUGCUGUCUUUUACGCUGAUUUUACUUUUACCACUGGCAGGUUCAACGGCAGCUCCUUCAGUUUAUUCUCACGAUUUCCCCCCACAGAUGUUGUUCCUGCCCCUGGCACAAUUCGUGAAAUGGCAAUAGUGGGAGGGACAGGUAAAUUUAGGAUGGCCACAGGCUUUGCCCUCCUGCGACCCACUUCUUCAAGCAACACGGUCGGGGAUGCUAAUGUCGAAUUCAAUGUUACUUUGUACCAUUAUUAAACCCAAUUACAAAAUAUUGAAAUCCAACGAAUAAGAUCAAUAAAAUGAUGUAUUCCUAAAGAUUAUAUUUAAUGUAUUGUCAGUCAUCAAUAAAUCAUAAUUCAUCA